CUAGUGACAUUAACAAGUUCGGUAAAUUAUUUCUGGAAGAAGUUGGAUAGAAACAUUCCUCAAUGAUAAUAGCUUUUUUCUUCAUUAUAAUGCAAACAAUGGAAGGUAAUAAAAUAUAUGUGACAAGGCGAAAUUACAAUUCUAUCAGAACCACACACAUACUGACACACAUACACAUACACACACAUAUGCACUUACACAUUUACAUAGAUAGUUACACACACACACACACACACAUACACACACACACACAUACACACACACACACGCAUACACAUACACAAAUAAGUACACAUACACACACAUAUACACAAGCAUACACAUACAUACACAUAUGCACCAUACACGUACACACACACAAACACAGACAUAUCGUUGGCAUAGUAGUUACGAGCAUUUUCGGCAUACAUCACCAGAUGUUUUAUAGUUUCAUUUCCAUUUUAUUGUUCCAUAUCACCAAUGAAAUAUAG